AAACUGUCGAGUCGUAUGACAUAUUUCAAAAUCAUCGAAAUCAGAAAAAAUGCUCUUCAUUGACAACUUUAUCGGUUUAGCUUUAGGGGAAUCGCAGAAUGGAAAAGAUGAAGUUUUCUGGAGUUUUUGUUAAAUUAAGGACCUCUGGUGGCAGAGUGAGGAAGUUUCCAGAGGAUUUUCUCGAAGUCGAUAUUACAGAACGUCUGACACAAGAUCCCAUAUGUCAUAUCAUCAAAUCUGUUUUCUACUUAUUCAACGUUAAUAUGUUCACGAUUAUACUGUAUAAGUAAAUAUGCUUAUAACAGCUUAUAAGUGUGCUUAUCAAAUUUAAUGUCAAUAUUAAUCCCAAAUCAGUUUUACUCUAUUUAUCAUUUUCUUUUGACAUUUCCUUCAAUAUAAAAUUUGAUAAGAUUACAAUCACAGAUGAGUGAAAAGGAAACAAGUAAUAUAAAUACUUUGACAUAUAUCAGAACCGUUCUAUGCAAAAGGUUUUAUUAGGUCAUGACCCUGGAUGGAACGAUCCUCCGAAAUGGAUAUAUUGUACUGGACAAAGUUCUGUAACAUCUACUAAGCGAGUACUGAACAAGAGGGUAGCAUUUCCAAUGGGAUCUAUACAAGCUAUAGAUAAACAAUCUUCUGUAAACAAGCCAUUAAACAUGCCACCACAUGUACAAGGUAGUACUGAUCAAUUAACAGCACCACAUCCUCCAUUGUUAUGUCCUUCAAACAAAAAUAUAGAAGCAGACAAUAUAGAGAUUGAUAAAGAGGAGGCAUUAAACAAUGUUUUGAAAAAUUUGGAAACAGUAAUUACUGAGCAUAUAUUGGAAAAUGGUAGAAUUAAGGAGGUAAAGAAGAGAUUAGAUAUAUUGAAGGCUGUAUGGCUUGAAGAUAAAUUAAAUAAUGUGAUAUACAAGAAUGUUUUAGAUUUGUCUACAGCUUUACGAGAGGGGAAUAUUAAAAAAGCUGAUGAGAUACAUGUUUCAUUAAUGAUGCAACAUGCUAGUCUGUGUAGUGCAUGGAUGCCUGGGAUUAGGCAUAUUAUUUUAGAAUUGGAAACCAAAAUGAAAAAUUCAAAUGUAACACAAUCUCAAAGCCCUGAAUUACAUUUGUUAUCUACUGGAGAGAACAAGUAAAUGAUGAUUCCUUGGGUAUAUAAUAUUUGCAUGCAGUAACUGUUUUGCGAUAAUUAUUGACAUUAUUUUUUCGCUUAUAAGUUUAUAUAUUAAUUGAUGUUAUUAAAAAGUGCACAGCAAAAAGAAACUAUUGAUAUUAUGAAUGUGACAAAUUUUAUUAUAAUAAAACAAAUCCCAUUAAAUUUAUAUAA